AUGAUGAUAAGUGGAUGCAGCACAUUAACUUCACAUGUUCUUACAAGCUCUUGGGGGUUUAAGCCAUCUUCAUACAGAGCUACAGCAUCAGGACAGUCUCAACGUUGUCUUGCUCCAGGUCUGCCUUUGUCAUAUCUCUCAGCCUCGUCAUCUCGCCUUCUGAAUGGGGAACAAGGUAGUCUCUUUGGUGCAUUACCUGUGUUACCCAUCCGCAGGAAAACCCUUUUGUCCCCAAGAGCAUCAAAAGAUGUACCUUCCAGCUUCCGGUUUCCUCCAAUGACCAAAAAGCCACAAUGGUGGUGGAGAACUUUAGCAUGCCUACCUUACCUGAUGCCGCUUCACGAAACCUGGAUGUACGCAGAAACAGCUUACCAUCUCCACCCUUUCCUAGAAGAUUUCGAGUUCUUAACCUACCCGUUUCUAGGCGCCUUAGGGAGGUUGCCGGGCUGGUUCCUGAUGGCUUACUUCUUUGUAGCGUACCUUGGGAUAGUGAGAAGAAAAGAAUGGCCUCACUUCUUCAGGUUCCAUGUGGUGAUGGGUAUGUUGCUUGAAAUCGCUCUUCAGGUUAUAGGAACUGUUAGCAAGUGGAUGCCUCUUGGUCUCUAUUGGGGUAAGUUUGGGAUGCAUUUCUGGACCGCUGUUGCGUUUGCGUACCUGUUCACAGUCCUUGAAAGCAUAAGGUGUGCACUUGCGGGCAUGUACGCAGACAUCCCAUUCGUCUGUGAUGCUGCGUACAUCCAGAUUCCAUACGACUAA